UAACUGGUGAAUUGUUUUGAAUGCAGCUCACAUUAGACGAAGGAGUUGCCCUCUCUGAACAGCAUCAAAUUUAUGAUCACCUCUGACCAGAGAGAUUAAAAGGAUAGAUGUGGAAUCAGAUGCUUGUAACGUUAAUUUAAUGCAAAAUGCAAGCGUUCUAAGAUGUUUGGAAGAACUUUCUAAUGAGGGGGUUGCUCUGAGCUGUUAUUGUCUACGGAUGGACCUGGUGCAUGUAGGUUGAAACAUCAUUUACAAUCCGAGACUGACGAGGCGGGACCGCCGACAGGAUGGUGGAGCGGUCGGACCGUGCCCCUCUGCUGGACUGGGAGGAGGUUCCGUCCGCGGAGAAGCCCGAGGGAGCGGCACCUGCGACACCAAACGCCAAGGACCGACCAGCGAGCCCCUCCAACAGCCGAGCCUCACCAGGAUGCUCCACGCCUGGGGUUGGGUGGAGUAGCGGUCCAGGGGGUCCCACUCCUAGCAGGUCUGUCUUAAACCCAGACGGCUGCAGCGCCCCACCCGCGACCUCUGGCGACCCAGCCGACGAGGAUGAAGCGCUGUAUCCCGACACCGAAGAGCAUCUCUCGGAUUCAGGAUCCAGGGAGGUGACGCUGGAGGAGAGGAUGGUGAAAUGGGAGGAAAAGGACCAGAUCGUGUCUGUCUUUGUGGUUACGUUCAAUACCAGAUCAGGAAACAUGCUGGAGUGGUGUCUGCCCAAAGACAUGGACCUGGAGGGGGUGGAGUUCAAAGCCAUCGCCAGCGGCUCCCACAGAGUCACCACAGACUUCAUAUACUUCCGGAAAGGCAACUACUUUGGCCUCGCCUGCUUUGCCAAUAUGCCGGUGGACAGCACGGUAGAGAGAGGGGCGAGGAUGAAAUCAGUAGGGAUCCUGUCUCCUUCGUACACCCUCCUUUACCGCUAUAUGAGCUUUCUGGAGCACCAGGUCAGGCUCCAGCUCCAGUCCCCUGGUCACUACUCUCCCCUAGAGGCCUUCUAUGAGGACAAGAGAGCUCUGCUGCCCCCUGGUGGUGACGGUGUUGUAACUGCGUGCCCGGCUAAUGCCUGGGGAGCUGCAAUCAACCACAGCAUGCACCCUGAGAUGAAGAUCACCCACCCUGCAGGCUGCAUGUCUCAGUUCAUCCGCUUCUUCGGUGAGCAGAUCAUGGUGCUGUGGAAACUUGCUCUCCUCCGCAGACGCAUCCUCAUUUUCUCCCCUCCGCCGGUGGGCGUGGUCUGCUACAGAGUGUACUGCUGCUGCUGCCUGGCAAACAUCUCCAUCCCCGGGAUCGGCGUGGCUGUUCCCGAGUUCCGCCCCUUCUUCUACGUUAACGUGGCCGACAUCAGCGCUCUGGAGAAUGAGCUCUCCUAUGUAGCAUGUACUACUGAGAAGAUCUUCGAGGAGAAGAAGGAUCUGUACGACGUUUACGUAGACAAUCAGAAUGUAAAGACCUACAGAGAUGGCUUAAAGCCUCUGCUCCGUCUCAGCAGUGCAGAUAGGGAGAAAUACCGCAAGCUUACUGAACAGAGGCAGAUGUUGCUUUACUCUCAGGAGGAGAAUGGAGACUGUGUGUCCAGUGAAGAGGAUCUCUUUAUACUGUUUUUCUUGGAGCAGAACAACAGGAUUUUUCAGACCCUCGGUGAAGUGGCAGGGAGCGCCGAUCCAACUCUGACCCAGGAAAGUGUGCGAGCCAUGGGCCUUGAUCCCCACGGAGACAGGCUCUUCCUGCUCCACCUACUGGAGAUCUACGGCUACGACAGCCUGAUGGUAUCGGAGCAACUGUGCUGCAGUUGAGACACAACACACUGCUGGCUUUCUGCCUUUCUUCACUGCUGGUUUAAAAAAAAAAAGGGGGUUGACCUUUGAGUGCUGCACUACUGGCUUUUUGGAGUAUUCAGGGCUGUCUUGGCCUCCAGGGGCUACUCUGGUAUAUUUUGUUGUUCCUGUGCUUCUUUUGUUCGCUGUAGUUCUGCUCCUCCGCAACCUGAUGGCAAAGCUAAUGUGGUCGAUUAUAAAUGAGACGGAAUCAUGGAAACACGCCUGAAAGACGGAUCACUCACCUUCGGCUGACUUAAAGAGACUCUCUGUGUUGGACAUGGUUGGGGUACUUAAAGCCAUGGAUGGUCCUAAAGGGCGGGGCGAUGUCCAAGGUGAUGAUCAGAGAAAUACUAAAGCUGCCUGAGAGAAACUCAAAAAUCAAGCUGGGUGACGAAAAAAAUGACUUCCUGCUAAAUGAAAGCAGUGAUUUGGAGAUUUUCUAUGAAGCAAACAAAAAGGUUUAGUGUGUGUGCGUGGACGAGAGGUAGCCUCCCUGUAAAAAUGCCUGUUUUUGUUCCUUUCUGUAGUGUGUCAGUGUACUGUGUGAUACCAGGUCCACCUCUCUGCCAGUGUUGCUAUCCUUGUAUCAAGUGCUGGAUUUAUACAUCUCAUUGUUAAGCCUCUUUUUCCAAAUCAGGGCCUCUUUUUUUAUUACUAUGGGCAACUCCUUUAAGAACCAUGUCUGUAAGCACUGAUGUUUGAGUGACACUAAAGGUAUAAACAAGUGGCACGUACAUCCAAAACCUGAAACACUGGAUGCUGAACAGAGACGACAAACGUAAAAAGAGAAGAUAAAACUUUAUCUUCUCUUUUUAAGGUUUUUUAUUUUGAGUCAAGCUUAGACCAAAUCAGAUUUCCCAAGGAGCAAGAGUGAAGUCCAAGAGGACAUAGAGGCAAUUUGAAAAUGCUUAUUUGCACCAGGACAGUUCAGAAGAACAAGCUGUGACAGGAAGAGCGCUGUCUAAUGUGAAAUAUUUAUCUCAAAUGAACAGUUGUGGUUGCAGCUCGACUAAAAAGACAAUGACCGGUGUUCCGGAUGUGACCUCACACCGUGUUUGUCUCCAUUCAGAGAUACCACGUUGAUUUUUUGUCUAACGCAAUGGAGGUCGCGAGAUACUAAUGGCGGGGGGGUUUCGAGAUGCCUUCUGAAAAAUUAUUAAAAUUAAGAAUGAUUCAAAAUUGUAUAUUUUAGCCAUUGUUGUAAAAAUAUUAACACAAAUUGUAGCUACAUUUGAGAUAAAAACCAUACAAAUAACAAACAGCAGCACAUUUCUUCUUUACUUUGUUGCCAUAUGAGCCCUGAGGAUAUGAUGCUGCUUCUAGCCUCUAUAAAGUCACAAAGAAAUAUGCAGGUUUUUGAUUGGCCAACUAGUUCUUGCAUGUGGCUCUGAGCAACAUCGAGCCACCUCAGGACAAUGGGGCAUCUCAAGUCUCUGGCGUUUUUAUUUUUUUGGGCGUCGUGGACUAAAAAGUUUGGUCUCAAGAAGAGAUCAGAUACACAGUUCAGAUAUGAUUCAACAUCUUCUAAGCUCUGUACAUUUAAAAGCACAUCAUGUUGGCAUACACAUGCCGUCGCCAUCAGCAACACAAUAUAAAGGUCAAUUUGUUCAGCUGUUUAUACAUGAGGUAGUGCAAAUGUGACAAAAGAGAAAUGAUUAAAGGUUCUUUGGCACCGGGAACCCUAAAGCUGCAUUAAUCACAUUUUGGCCACUAGAGGGCAGAUUAACUGAGAAAAGACAGAAACUGCAACAAUGGCUAAACUGUUUGCACAAAAUUGCCUGACUCCACAUCCUUUGCAUUCAUGUGGAGGCUUGAUUUUUUUUUCUGUUUAUCUCUAUUUUUUGUCUCAUGAGAGAAAUAGCUUUUAGUCUUUAAGAUGCUAGCUGUUCCACCUUCUCCACUAGCUAGCUCCAGACAUUUAGCUUGUAGCAUUGGAUAGGCUGCCUACACUAGGAAAAGUUAGCCUACAGAGUCGGUUGAUGCUGGAGACAUGGUUGAUGGGUGCAUUGAGGUUAAACUGUACAGUAAAUGUUCUGUAAAGAUAAUGAGCCGAGAGGCUCCAAAAGGUAUAAUAAAGAUUAGGGAUUAUUCACUGAAAAUGAUCAACAACCUGUUUCACAUUCACAAUGUUUGAGGCUAUCUUGAUCAUGAAAAUAAUACUAGCUGUAAGAUUUGUUUUUUCCCCAGAGACGGGUAAUUCUCAAUACCAGCUUGCGUACCUUCAUAAAAAAAAAAGGCACCAUACUGCAAUUUGUGUGCAACAAGGACAAGGGCAAAUUUUUCCAUGUAUUUGCUUGAGUGGCUAUAAAUACAACUGCUCAAUAAAAAUACAAUAAGUGAAAGAAAAAUACAUUAUAUGUCAGAUAUUGUUUUACGUUUCUUCUUUCUAAUUUGUAAAUGCUGCACAGUAAUCUAACCUUGUUCUUUGGUUACAUGGCUUUGUGCCAGACACAUGACACUAAGCAAACUAAAGGUUAUUAUUUUGUAAUAUUUUGUUUCCAACUGUUUUUGUAUAUUGUGUUCAUUUACUUUGUUUACUGUAAAUCUUUUCAGUGUACAUUUUUAAUUGCUGUAAUAUUACCUGUGAAGUAUUGGGGUCUGUUGAAUGUGUUUUAUAAGGCAAUUAUGAUCCCACAGAGCCUCUGUGUUACAUGAAACCCUCAUGCGGUUAUGCUGUAAAAAAAAAAAAAAAGAACAAAAAUGACCCAAGCUUAUUUUUCUUGCCAUACUGCA